AUAUUGUUAUUAUUUUUGAAUGGUAAAAUAUAUAUAUAAAUGAUUGAUUUUGAUUCUUGUGAGCUAUGGAAGCAGAAGGGCAAUCUCAGAACACUAUAAAGAGAAUUUCUAGAAAAGCCAUGCAGGGAUUUAACAUGAUACCAUAUCAUUUGGAGAACGAAGAUUCCGAGGAGGAGGCUAUUAUCUUGAAUCGUCGCAAUGGCAAUUACAAUUCAAAGGAUGCUACUUUAUGCUACACUUUACCCAUUCAUGGAUAUGGAGCUCCUAAUAAUAAGCUUUUCUUGACGUCCUCAUGUUAAUGCUCAUAAGCAUCAUGUUGACAAUGAGCUUAGGAUGCUGGAGCGAUUUGUGUAAUACUGACUAGCCUAUGAUUUUGUGUAAUACACAGGGUAAAAGCUUUGUCAUUAAAUAUGAAGGUUCAGUCAAGUCAGCUUGGCUCGUAGGUUUGCUUUGGUCCCUCUCGGACCCCCGU